CAUUACGCCAUCUUGCACUCUGCGAUACGCAGUUUGCACUUCUCUGUUACAACAAGUGAAAUCUGGGAGAGAUGAGCAGUCAGAACUCCCGCAACGAAACGGCGACCGCCGCCGUCAACGGCUCCGAUUCUACCGCUGCAGUUUCCCGAGAACGGAAAACCGGAGGCGGUGUUCUGAAAAGGCUGAAAUCGCGACGAAAUCAAGGGGACCGACGGCCUGUAACGGAGGACGAGCUGCGGGCGCUGGGAAGAGACGUCACUCCGGGUGAAGUUUUGGGACUCCGGGCGGUCACUCGCGACUAUUUGUGUAAACCAGAGGACAACAUCUACAACAUUGACUUCACACGUUUCAAGAUCAGAGACCUGGAGACGGGCACAGUGCUUUUUGAGAUUGCCAAACCGCCACAAUGUGAUAUUGACGAGGACGAUGAGGAAAAUGUUGACACAAAUGCUGGGCGUUUUGUCCGUUACCAGUUCACGCCAGCAUUCCUUAAGUUACGCACAGUAGGAGCCACUGUGGAGUUUACAGUUGGCGAUCGGCCUGUAAACAACUUCAGAAUGAUUGAGAGACACUAUUUUCAAGACCGCCUUUUGAAGAACUUCGACUUUGACUUUGGCUUCUGUAUCCCGAACAGUCGGAACUCGUGCGAGCAUAUCUACGAGUUCCCUCAACUCCCAGAUGACCUCAACCUCAGGUGCUCGGAUUGAGAAGCCAGCAUUACAUGUCUGUGCCAAUUCGAUUGAUGAUUGAGCACCCAUACGAGACCAGAUCAGACAGCUUCUACUUUGUGGACAACAAACUCAUCAUGCACAACAAGGCAGACUACGCUUACAACGGAGGCCAGUAGUGCUGUGCCACCAAGAAAUCUGAGGAUUGUUUGUUGGAGUGACCGUGUGGUUUUGCUUGGAUUUGUUUGUGUGGAAUGUGAAUACGGGACCACCCCUGCUACCAGCAACACACAGUGUUGUCACCAGCAUUAUGAUCUGGCACCAUCAACCCACCUAACUGGAAAUUACCAUCCCUCCAUGAAGAUCCUGCGUUCCUUAGUCUGCAUGAACUACUUGUGCGUUUGGCCAAAAGUUCCGCCGUUCUCGUCCGUUAUACUCAACCAGCUGGAACUGAGGAAUUGCCUCGUCAUCCAUUUUUUAGGGUGAUAACAAAAUAGGAGAUUUUAACUUGACUUGUAGGUUUUUUAAGUGUGUGUUUUUUAACCUACCUACCUACUGUACCUUUUGUCUUGAUUUUGUGAGAUUUUAUCUUCUCUGUAAAGAUAUAACCCACCUGAAUCUUGAAUAUCUGAGUGAGGACUUUCUAAAAUGCAGAAACAAAUCGUUUCAUUCCAAAAUGUUCUAAAAUGAAGCGAUCCUACCCGUUAUAUCUUUAUAUAAACACAGCCCCACUGUGUGUGAAGUUUGAAAGGAACGUUCUGGGUUCAGUACAAUUUUUAGCGUAAUGUUGCUUACCUCAAAAAAAAAUUUCACUCGUCCCUCGUUUAUUACACACAACAAUAAUAAUUGCGGGUACAGUAAGUCGCUUACAAUGUAAGUGAAUGGGGCCAGUCUAUAAACAUUAAAACACACACUGUUUCAAAAGUAUAGCCACAAGACAUAAAGAUCAUACAUGUUAACAUGAUUUUUAGUGUGAAAAAAAUAUUUUCUACAUGAUUUUAUUAUGAUAAAAAUCACUAAAUGUCUAUCUAUGCUAUGCCGCCAUGGCGACAAAGUUAUUAUUGGAGAUGUUUAUACAGAUAAGCUUAGUAAGCAAUUUUCUCGCACUAAAGUCAUGUUAAUACAUAUAUUGUUUACGACUUGUGGCUAUACUUUUAAAACAAUUUCUAUUUUAAUGUUUAUGGGUUGGCCCCAUUCACUUCCAUUGUAAGUGCCUCACUGUUACCGUGACUUUUGCCUUGUUUUUAAAUAACCAAGGGACAAUUCGAAAUAAUGUUUUGUCGUAAUCAGCAUUAUGCCACAACUGCUGUUGAUCGAGCUUAACUUGAAUUUUACCCAGAAGGCCAGGACGUUCCUUUAACCAGAAAGAAGGUGCAUGCACAGUUUUGCCAUUGUCCUAGUUGAUUAUUAAACACAUUAACAUGAACCACAUUAUUGGGGUAUAACUACAUAGAUGAAAUAAUUCUGUUUAUCAGUGCCAACAAAAUUGGAAGUGCUUAUAGUGCGUUCCCAGGCAUGUGAUCAGGGUUAGUUUGUCUGGUCAAAGAGGAUUUGAACUUGGUCAAAUCAAUGAUUCUGUUUUUCAGCUAUAAUAUAAACCAUAAACUGUUAUAGGUGGGGACUGUUUCUGACAGAAAAGUGAUUGGGAGCUUAAUCCAGGUAGAGGUGGUUGAGGAGAGUCCCCUAUUCACUAUGUAAAGUGCUUUGAGUGUAGUGUCAGAAAAGCGCUAUAUAAGUGUAACAUUCAUUCAUUCAUUCAGAUGGAUUUUGCUUUCGGUCUUUUAGAAAGGAUCAGGAAUUGAUAUUUGCUCAUACUGUUGGGUUACCCACAUAUGGCAUGUGUCUGUGUCAUGUAUGAGGGCUUUUAAUGUCACACUAAGAUGUCUUACUACUGUGCACUCACACACACACACACACACACACACACACACACACACAAAACAUUAUUCACUAGUGUCAUCUUCGUGCCUCUCACAGAGCGGGAUGGGAGCAACAUGGUGUCCUCGUGCACCUUUUAAGCUAUUUAGCUUCUCUAUCAUAGCUUUGAUGUUUACCUUUUGAUCUUAUUCAACCCAAUGUUAAAUGGUGGCUGUGAUUUGCAAUGUGCUAGAUGAAUAUGUCAGAAACAUCUUGUUGUCAGGUGAUGCGACUGGAUGAGACAGACAUAUACAAAGCAACGGGGAACCCAUCAGUGAGAGUACCCUAAUUUUAUGAACCCCUGGCCUUAUGUUAAAUAUUCAUUUAUUAGAUCAUAAUCAGAUCAAAUCAUUGACAUUUUAUGUUUUGUCAUUUAAAUGGCUUUAAUCCUUUUAGAAACAUGUUCUCAACUUUCAAUCCAUUUACAGACCAGUUCUCAACUGGUAGGUGACUUGCUUACGUUCUUAAGUGUCCUUAAUAAAGAGAGGGUGUAAUAUAGUAAUAUGGACAAACAGUUUAUUAAGUAUUUGUGGUUGCAUUUCUGUCUAAUGCCUUCGAUGUAAAAGCACUGGGUUCUUCAAUAAGUCCAUAAACCAUCUGUUUAUUGCCAUAUUGACUUGUUCGAACAUCAAAGGAGUAAUUUGCUAAACAGCUCUUAGUCCAUACAUUACAACAAACCACACACAAAAAAUCUUAAAAGUCACGUUUAAUCCAUCAGCUUGGCUUUGGCGCAUAUUUCUUCAACUAAUUCUUAAUUUCCUCCUUUUUGGUCUGAAUUAUGUUUUAUCCCCAGUCUAAAUGAGAGGUAAUAAAGCUUUGUAAUUGUUCUAUAAAACAACGUGGUGACCAGACUUUAGCCUGCUAUUAUGGCAAAGGCCUAUAAACACAUUGUGUUUUUUUUACUAUGAGCUGUUGCUUUAUUCCUAAAGCUGUUCAUGCUUCAAAUUGUCAUUUGUUGUGGACUGUAUAAACUGGAAUACAUUUGUCUUUUUUUUCCUUUUUAUUUAGCUGUUCAGCAUGUUUCGGUUUUAAAGGAAGCCUGUAUCAGGAUUGUUAAAUAUGAAAGAUGAUCUCACAAUUUAGCCUUCUUUAACACAAGAGCACUGAAAAGUAACAGUAAAGAUUUAUACAUUUGAGUUUAUACAUUAGAAACAUCAGGGCGCAUUAUGAUGAAUAGUAGAAACAUUAAAUCAUAAGGAAAUGUUUUCAUUAAUGGUAAGGAAGAAACAUAGGUGAUGUUGAAGGCUUUGAGAUGACAAAUACAUCCUCAAGAGCAUUUGCAUGCACAUUUUGUGUUGUUAUACCAGCUGCAUAAUAAUGAUGUUACCCUGGUGGUUUAAGAUCUAAGUUUAAUGUCAUGGUUGCCGAAGUAAUCUUAAUUAAGUCCAUGUCUGUAUAAUGUUGGGGAAGAUGAGGGAAGACGCCCCCACCUUAACAUUUUCUCUUGACCAUAGAUGGCACUAAAUCUCAUCUCAACAACUUUAUUGAAUGUCUGUGCUCCUCUUAAUCUUGAUAUUUCAUCUGAAUAUUAACAUUUGUGAGAUUUAUUGUAUCCAAACAGUUUUGAGGUUAAAUGAGUGGGAUAAGAUGGCCCCUUUUCAUAAUUUUUUAUUUUGUGCUAUGACAAAAAAAAAAAAAAAAAAAGCAAAUGUCUCUAUUUAUUACCCUUGAUGUUAUAUAGGAUGAUGCAUCAUCAUCAUCAUCCUGUAUAUGCUAAAAGUUUAUCUAUAUAUGUUACAAUUUAAAAGUCAAUUAACUUUGUUCUUAAAGGGGGCGUUACCCCAUCUUACCCUACCAGUUGUCAGUAACAACAAUAAUUGCAAAUCGCCAGGCUCAACAGGUGCACUCUUACUCUCUUCUCAGAAUUGUAGGAAAAUUGUAUUAUUCUGUGUCAAAUAGGAAUUCUGUCCGAGUGGCAGGGGUGGGAUUUUGUUCAGAGACAAAUAAAACGUUUUACAGACGG